AUGUCUCGUGAGAUGUCGAUACUGUCCUCUGCUGACGAUGAAGAUGUACCUCUUCGAGCAGAAUCACUUGUUCAGAAGACCCGACGACUGCGCUCUGCGUUUGCACAGCCUGGAGUCUACAUGUCCUGGCAGUGGGCGUUUGUUGCGAUUUCGAUAUUGAAACUCUUUUUCGUAGCUCCCGAGGCCUACCACUCGACCGACUUCGAGGUGCAUCGAAACUGGCUAGCAAUCACGCACCAACUUCCACUAAAUCAGUGGUACCACGAAGCGCGCAGCGAGUGGACGCUCGACUAUCCGCCACUUUUUGCGUAUUUCGAACGCUUCCUUUCGUUUUUUUGUUGGGACGCUCAGGCUUUGCAGAUCGACAACUUGCAGUACACGUCGCACUCCUUCCUCCUCUUCCACAGACUCACUGUUACGGAGCUUGCAAAGAAAGAUAAAAACGGAGUUGUUGUACUACGUACGAUUAUAAGUAGACCAAAGAACAAUGUUGAAAGGGUACCUACAAUCUAAUAUGUAUCGGAGAUCUUUCUCUCGCCCAGAACACCAGAACAUCACCACAGUUUUGAUGGAUCAGAAUUUAGCUUAUGUUCUAAGAAUCUCGUCCUUUUUGAUGCGUUUUUGGUACACGCUUGUCAUAUCUGGGCACCGGGCAGCGAAUUCCUUGUGGCGUUGAACCCGGGGCUGCUGAUUGUGGAUCACAUGCAUUUUCAAUACAAUGGAUUUCUGACAGGGUUAUUGUUCCUUUCGGCGUAUGAAAUCGCUCAAAGACGAAAUUUGCGUGCUGCCGCUCUUUUUGUGUGCGUCUUCAACCUGAAGCACAUCUUCCUUUACGUUGCGCCGGUGUACUUCUUCAUACUUCUUGUGAUUGAGUGCCAUGAACGUGCGGGUGAGCCGAUCAUGGGAGGACCGACGUUGGGCACGCAGCUCAAUAAAAUUCAGGAUAUUUUAAGUUUACAAGUGGGUAGGUUUUCAUCACUAGGGUCGUGAGCUAUCUGCUUUUUAUAAAAUGUGGACCUUCCUACGGCCUGAGUAUAGAACUACUUAGAAAGAAGCGCCCAAGGUAGACUCACACUCACUCAUCGAGUCCUUAGGUCGGUGAAAAAGAAAAACUACGUCCUCUUCUACAUGCAGUGGGAGGCUCCAACAGGAUGCCUAACACCAGUAGUCUGCCAGACAGUCGAUUCCAAGACAUAUGCAAGAUGCAUUCGCUCGCAUCCUCUUUCCCUCCGAGAGCCGAAGACUUGGCGACUAUAGAUGACCGCUUUGCGAGGCUCUUGGACCUCAGUCCUGGUCCUUCUUUAGGCGAUCAGCGCAUAUCAGAUAUCUUGAACUUAAGGGCGUCGGUGUGCAAGUACAACGUUGACAUUAUUUUGAUUUUCAGUUCUCCACAAGCACAACCAUGCAUAAUUUUUGAUGAUUCUACUGGUUUUUGUAGGUCGACACGAAGAAACACAUUCUUCUGUCAGGGUGUUGUAAUUCCUGGACACAAGAAACGAAACAAAGUAGUACGAACAACGAGCGAAAUUUAAUCGUAUCGAAAUGUCUAAUCAAAAAAGGAGGUAGCGUACGUUCGUCCAUGGCUGUACCAUCUGGAAUCCGCGCCACGCAAAAUACCUCGCCAAAGGAAAGCAAGCGUCAGAGCAGCGUUCGUCGUCGUACUGGAUUGCCUGGUGAAGCAUCAGAAGAUGUUUCGCCAACUGGAGGUGGCUCCAAGUCACCCCUGCGCAACAAAACAACUGCUGCUGGCGGUCUAGGUCCCCGUGCGCCAUUUGUCGCUGGACUGCCGACACCGAGUAGCCAGUUUCGCCCGCUUGGUCAGCAUCGAGACGCCGUGAAUCUGAAUGGCCUAGUCGGUGAAGAGCCCAACAACACCAAGGACGCAUUCGCUGCUUACAUGGAAGCAAGGGGGCGCAUGAUGGCGGACUUCGAACAGGAGGAACUGAAAUUAUAUGCUGCCGCAGACAAAUUAAAAACUAAGAACAAGGGAGGUUCGCCGAUGGAUCAGGUCGCGAACUCUUGUUCGCGUGGAGGAGGUCUUUACAGUCUGCAAGAACCAAAAUUUUCUUUGUUUCGUUUUCUGCGUCUCGGUUUCCUCGUGCUGGGGCUUACGGCGCUGGUCUGGGCUCCAGUCACGCUGUUUCCUGCUUUGGAAAGAGCGGUGAAAGCACAAGCUGGGAUGUUGGAGUCGAGCCAGAAAAUAACUGGUUCCUGGACAGGUUCUUGGCGGAGCGGAGAGCAAGCUGAGGAGAGCAGCAACAUGAACGCCGUCUCGGUCUUCGCCCUUCGGGUGGUAGGCGGAACCAUCGCUGAAGGCAAGCAGAUCGUUUCACGCCUCUUUCCAUUCGGGCGCGGAUUAACGCACGCCUACUGGGCGCCGAAUGUCUGGGCACUCUACAAUUUCGCAGACCGCGUGUUAGCGAAAAUCCUGCGUGUUGAAAAUACUGGCGGCGCGACUAGUGGAUUGGUCGUUACGAUUUUUUUAUACCAUCAUUGUCGGCCUAGGCCUAUGUACUAGAUCACUAGCUGUAGCUAAUUGGGUUUUGAGGGUGGCAUGAUGUCCCCUCGAGGACGGUUUCGGGUCGAUGCUGCCCGGUAUGACCCUGUACUUCAAGCCCAUUUAUUCUGUCUGAUGUUCUAAUUUCAAAGUUUAUAAGUCGGCCGUCCUACCCUCGAUUACUCCACCUUUCUGCUUAUCGCUCGUGCUAGCUGGAUAUGUCGUCGCCAUCGCUGUGGCCUUGCAAAAAUACAACCCGUGGCCGGCAAAGCAAAAGCCGGGAAGACAAGCCAACAUUAAGCAGAGCAAUAUUAAGGUUCAAGGAAAUUCAUUUCAAACGGUCAUUUUCCUCGGUUUGCUUUUUGGGAUUCCGAAGAAAUGAACCCAAGAAAUGAAUUGUUUUGAGCUCUAACAAUAGUUGUCGUUGUACUUGGUAUGAUUUCAGAACUAGAAGUAGAAUGCAUAAACUCCGUGUCUACUCGAAGACAACUAGACUUUUCAUUGAUCGUGAUUUUCUUUCAUGAAUAUGAGCAGUUCUGGCUCCAAUACAGUUACAGUAACAUCAUACUCUUCUAUCUACUAAUUCUGCCAGUCCGUUCGCGCUUCGGGAUCCUCGGACACCUCCACCCCGCGUUUUCGAGGGUGUUGACGUGCUCUUCUUUCUCGCGAUUGGCAGUGCCAUAGCGUUUGUUAAGGAUCACAUUGGUUUUGCUCAUCCCUUCUUUAUCAUUCUUGGCGUUGUCGUGCUCGUGUAUAAGGUCACAACCACAAGCAAGAAAGAUAAUCCAGUACCAAGGAUGCAGUAGUUAGAGUGAGGGAAAAUGUAACUACUAGAUCAUCGACAGACUUUAGUAGAUAGAUUUUCUUCCAAUACGCAGCUCGGAUGGCAUGUUCACGAGAAAGCCAUACUGAUGACGACGCUCCCGCUGCAGCUUUUCGUCCAUACAAAGAUUCAGCAAGGACGCAGCGACGACGCCAAGAAGGACAGUUUGCUUGAGAAGAUGAACGAAGGAGUAUCUGCUUCUGCCAUCGCUGAUUUCAUCCCGUCCACACCGUCUCGGCCGAAACUCUCAGCGGCAUUUCUGCAGGCGUAUCUGCUCUUGACGGUCGUGGCCACUCUGACUGUGAUGCCACUGAUCCCAGUUGCGGAUCGCUUGGGCUCCUGUACCAAAUGGUUGCUCCUCUUCCUCUUUCACGGUGCGGAUAUGCAGUUCUUAGGUUUGUUUCCCCAGGCCUGGUGGACAAAGCUCGGCUGCGCACUCUCGAUGCUGUUCGCGUUUUACAACGACAGCGACAUGAACGUUUUGCUGUUUGGAGCAAAGUGGGAAUUCAUACCCCUUAUGCUCCUCAGUAUCGUAAACACUGUGCUCGUCGGUUGCGCACUCUUGAUUCUCAUAUGGCACUUCUGAGUGAUGUCACAGUGACAUACAUUGGGAUUGGGUGUACCAAGAGGUACUUACUAGUACGAGGAAACACGAACUCAGUCUCAGAGUCAGAUCUGCAUCGACAGGAGCGUGUGUCUUGGUGAUUUCAUGAAGAUUUUAUUUGGUGUCAAAAAUUGAGAUCUCCAAGGAAGAUGAGAUAUCUGGCAGCCCUCUCAAUCACUAGGCUGGGUUUUAAAGACAACAAGCACGUAGACUGAGAAUUCUGUCUUGUACAACACGAUAAAAGAACAGUUUGAGUUUUUCUUCAAAAACAGGUACUUAGAAUAAGAAGUAUGCUGAAUGAGAAGAUUAUUUGUCUAUUGUAUGAAACACGACACUUCCAUAGAAAAACAGCUAGGUUUGGGCUUGGCAAGAAUGAAGCAAGUAGCCUCGGCUGCAGUUUUCCAGACGUCGCUUUCGCAAGAGAGUGUUCAGAAACAUUCCCACUUUCU